AUGCUCAAACUCUGGUAUCUUAUCCCUUCUUCCGAAAAUCAUCAUCAUCAUCAUGGAACUAAUCAAAUCGACAAAGAUGGUGUUCUUUUAUCUAAAUGUCUUCUUUUUACUCCAGCAAAAUAUUUUAAAGAUAAAUCAACUAAAAUUCAAAUCAUACGAACAUUAUCUUCUUCAUUUCGAAUUAAUACAAAUAAUAAUUUAUCUACGGAAUUAAAUGAUGAUCAAUCAACACCACCACUACCACAACAACAACAAUCUUCUGCAUCAUCUCAACAAUCAUCAACUUUACCAUCUGAAAAUUCUCCACCAUUAGUUUAUAUUCUGUGUGUGCCAGCGACAGUUGACCUUGAAGCUGAAUGGCGUGGUGUAACACAUUUAAUACCUGAAAAUAAGAAUUUAACAUCUAUAUUACCAUUACAUACUAAUUGGAAAACGACAACAAUAUUUCUACUUACACAACAAACAAAUAAUCUUGAAAAUUUUCAAGAAUCAUUUAAAGAAUGUUUAUCAAAAAUAAAUGUUCAACAAAGUGAUUUAUAUAGUUUUGAUACACGAACAGGACAUUUAUUACAAAGACGUUCAUGUUUUGAACAAAUUGAUAAUGCUAUGAGAAAUUUAGCUCAUUCAAUGUUAAAUUUAACUAACUGUAUUGCAAGUGAUGUGGAAAUUUUUGAAAAUAUUAUUGAAAAAAUCAAUACAAGAGAUUAUGUUCAUACCGAAGAACGUGCUUUUGCAUUUGGAAUGGAUGUUAUUCGUGAAACAAGUUUUUAUGCAACACAAUGUGAAUAUAAUACAUUAAAAACUCAAGCUGAAAAUCAAUUAAGAUUUGCAAAUAUUUGGUUAAAUUUUGUUCGGAAAAAAAAUUCUACACAAACAUCAAAAUAUCCAAUAACAAUACCAAUGUGGUUAUUACCUGGCAUACAUUUUCUUCGUCAUACAUGUUCAUUACAUUUUACAAAUCAUAUUGAUAAUGAUUUAUUUUCUGAAUUUUAUUAUAAUAUGACAAGAACUAUUAAUUAUUUAAAUAAUUCAAAUAAUAAUAACAAUCUUAAUCAAGAUAAUAGACAAUCAAAGACAUUUCAAUAUUCAUCAAUAACUAAACAUGGUUACGAUAAUCGAAAGAAAAAAAAAUUACAAUUAAAUAGAAUUGAACAAAUUGAUCGUCUUGAAAAACGUAUUGAUAGAACACGUAUUGAAGAAGGUCUGAUUGGAAAAAUCAAAAGUGUUUAUAAAACACCAACAUUAUCAAAAAAAAUGGAUGAAGAUUUAGCAUAUUUAAAAAUACGAAAUUUUCAUAAAUUAAAUCUUCUUUCACGUGGACAAUAUGCAACAACGUACAAAUGUACAGUAGACAGAGACGGUAAAAAAGAAGUCCUCUGUUAUAAACAAUAUAAAAUUCAACAUAAUAAUGCACAAGCAAUUACUAAAGUUCUUGAGCAACUUAUGCCACUUAUACAUAUUGAUCAUGCAAAUUUAAUUAAAUAUCAUGGCAUUGCACUUGAACAUGAUCAUAUAUUAUUUUUUAUGGAAUAUUGUAGUUAUGGUACAAUAGCUCAACUUUUACUUGGUACACUAUCAUCAUCAUCAUCAUCACAUACUGAUCUACAUCGUUCAUCAGCAUCACAUAUAGAUAUACGUCGUACAUCAGUAAUACAUGCCGAUUCACGUCGUACAUCAGCAGCAUUUAUCAAUCCAACAGUAGAUACAUCAUUUAUGGAUAAAUAUAUUGUUCAAACUUCAACUGGUACUAUUCUUUUAAAAGAAACUCUUGUUCAACGUUAUUUACGUCAAUUAUUAUCUGCUUUAUCACGUUUACAUGAAAAAGAAAUUAUUCAUCGUGAUAUACGUAAUGUGAAUAUAUUUUUAAAAGAUCCAACAAAACAAUCAAUUAAAUUAGGUGAUAUUAAUUUUGUUUAUGAUUUUAAAUUUAUGAAAAAACAACCAUCACUACUUGAUAUGGAAAUCAUUAUUAAUAAACGUGAAUCAAUUGUUUUUUAUGCACCUGAAAUAAUAACACAAAAUGAAACAACAAUGAAAUCCGAUAUAUGGUCAUUAGGUUGUACAAUAAUACAUAUGUUAACUGGUCGUAUACCAUGGAAUAAUCUAACAACAGCAUCAAGUAUUUAUUCUUUUAAAGUUCUUAAUUGGAUUGCUGAUGGUGUACGUCCACCAAUACCCACUGAUUUAAGUUUAUCAAAUGAAUGUAUUGAUUUUCUUGAACAAUGUUUUCAACAUGAUCCUACUCAACGAUUAUCAUCACAAGAAUUACUUGAACAUCCCUUUGUCAAAGAAUAA